CCCUCUCCCGCUCUCGAUCACUUCUCCUCCUCUACACACUCCUCCUCUACUUUCUCAAAACACAUCCCAUCAUGUCCUCCACCAAAUCGUUACCCUGGGUCAAACUCCCCCACCCUUAUCUCACCACCUACAAAAUCCACGUUGUCUCCGAAUCCACCAGCCCGCGCGUCCUGCAACUCCGCCUCCACGACAGCCAAGCGGCCGGGGAGCCCCUCCCCGAGCCCUUCCACCACGACUCCCUCCAAUACACCGACCUCAGCUACAAUGAAUCCGCCAAAGCGAUCCCGCUGAACAACAACAGCCCGUGGGCGCGCAGCCAACGCAGCCCGGGCACAACCUUCAGCUGGACGAGCGGCUCGCCGCCGACGCUGGCGCAGAUCUGGAACCUCAUCCACGCGACCUUCCUCACGCACCCGGAGCAAGAGACGGUGCGGCUGGACCUGGAGGGGCCCGGCCACGCGAUCGUGCGCGAGGAGUGCAUCCGCACGGGGCUGGCCGUGGCCUUCCCCUCGCCGCGCGAGCCCUUCGGCACCGAGAACCAGCCCUCCCAGCUGCCGACCGUCGUGCUCCUCCGGUCCGCCUUCUGGCAGGGCGCCGGCUCCCCGCUGGGCCCGCGGCCCAUCUGGGCCGUUGACCAGGGCACCCACGGCCAGCUCCGCCGCGCCGGCAGCCAGUACCCGCCGCUGGCGCAGAACUACGAGUUCUCGAUGAAGUUCCCCGAGGAGCGCGUGUACGCGCGCCACCCGAUCCGGCCCGUCAAGCCCACCCCGGGCGCCCUCGUGUACAGCCGCUACAUCCCGCACCUGGACCAGCACUUCUCGCUGAUGGCGGUCGACUGGCGGAACGAGGAGCACCUGCAGCUGUUCCACACGUGGCAGAACGACCCCCGCGUCGCCAAGGGCUGGAACGAGACCGGCUCCGUCGAGCACCACCGCAACUACCUCCGGAAGCUGCACGAGGACAAGCACGUGCUGUGUCUGUUUGGGCGGUUCGACGAGAAGCCGUUCGCCUAUUUCGAGGUGUAUUGGGCCAAGGAGGACCACUACGGCGCCCACUACGACGCGGGCGACUACGACCGCGGCCGCCACUCGCUGGUCGGCGACAACAAGAUCCGCGGCGCCUUCCGCGUCAACGCCUGGUGGUCCAGCGUCAUCCACUACAUCUUCCUGGACGAGCCGCGCACCCAGUGCGUCGUCGGCGAGCCCAAGGCCUCCGGCGGCACCGUGCUCUCCUACGAGAACGCCCAGGGCUUGACCGUCCAGAAAUACGUCGACCUCGGCCACAAGCGCUCCGUCCACGUCUUCUGCAGCCGCGAGAAGUGGUUCCAGCUGUGUCCGCUGUGGUGGGACGGGCGCGAGCGGCCUCUUGAAAGCUCGGAUCGCAUGGCGUGGGAUGCCAAGUUGUAACCCUUCUUUUCGGGAAUUCUUUGGUGGUUGGGUG